GUUUAGCAUCUGUUUCAAGCUUUCUGAUGUUAAAUAUGAGGGUGACUGGGUUAAAGGACUUGGUUUAAUAUGAUCCUGCCCCCUGUAGCGUUAAAGACGGGGAAACUGAGGCUCAGGGGAGAGCACCAUAGCUGAAGGAGCAGGCUGGGUCCAAACUCCGGUCUCCGGACCCUACGGCCAUCCUUAGGCGACUUCCCCCUUGCAUCCCCCACUCUUUUUCCUCCUCCCAUCCCAUCCAGAAAGCAAACGAGAUGUCGACACCUCCGGGGCUCCUAGAGCGCAGCCGGAAGCUGCCGUAGAGCCAGGGGAAUGACCGGAACCCACUUCCGGUCAGCCAUUGUUCUUUUUAUCCUCCCGUGAAUGGCGGAGGUCUUCGGUCCUGUGCCCUGCCCUUCCCUCUCCCUCCCCGUCGGGACCCUGGAGGUCGCUCAAACGUUGUUCCUCGUGACGUCACCCCAGGCCUAAGACUUUCAAGACAAAGUUCUGAGACUAGAAGUACAGACAGAGACUGGCUGAUCAAGUUUCAGCUGUAGCCAGGUUUUGGUGAGAGGCUGUGAUGACUGCAGAGGUGAGGAAAGCCAUGUGUCUGGCCCCUCAGCUCUUGGGUGUCCAGGAGAAGAGGGACAAGCCCUGGGGACCAGGAUCAAGCUUGCAACAGGACAGCCAGAUCAGCUGUGAAGUCUUCCGGCAACACUUUCGGCAGCUGUGUUACCAAGAGACCUCUGGGCCACAGGAGGCCCUGAGCCAACUUCGUGACCUUUGUGGACGGUGGUUGAGGCCAGACAUGAACACAAAGAUGCAGAUCCUGGAGCUGCUGGUGCUGGAGCAGUUUAUCACCAUACUCCCUGGGGAGAUCCGAGCCUGGGUGCAGCUGCAUCGCCCAGAAAGCGGAGAGGAGGCAGUGGCCAUGGUGGAGGAUUUCCAGAGACACCUUGAUGGACCCAGGGAGGAUUUGGUGACAUUUGAGGAUGUGUCAGUGGACUUCAAGAAAGAGUGGAAGAGUUCAGCACCUUCCCAGAGAGCCUUCUUUAGAGAUUUGAUGCUGGAGAAUUAUCGGGAUGUAGUGUCACUGGCAGGAUUUCAGUUUUCAAAACCUACAGGGAUCUCCCAAAGAGAGGAAGAACCAUGGGGCCUAAAUCGUCAGGGACCUCUGGACUUGGAAAAUGGGAAAAGCACCUGUACAGAAGGUGAUAAUGUUACUGAGAAUGAGGAAUCUACUUCAAAGCAAGAAAGGUUUGGUGAGUCAGAAUCACAUAAUAGUUCAUCAGAAGGUAUACAGAAGGAUCUUUUUCAGGCAUCUGAAGCUGGAGAAGUCUGUGAAAAAGAAAGCAUGUCAGAGCAGCAACAAGGAACACUCACAGAGGAAGAAAUGAAGAGAAUUGAUAGUGAUUUUAUGGAAGCGAUAGUCCAGAAUAAGAAAAUCCCUAUUGAAGAGAGAGAUGAGAAAUGUAAAGAAUUUUGGAAAAGUUUUAGUCUUGUUUCAAACACUGUUACACAUGAGAAAAUUCCUAGAGGACAGAAAUCCUAUCAGUGUAAUGAAUGUGGCAAAUACUUCAAUCGGAGCUCACAUCUUAUUGGACACCAGAGGAUUCACACUGGAGAGAAACCUUAUGAAUGUAAUGAAUGCGGGAAAAGCUUCCGACAGACUUCUCAGCUGAUUGUACAUUUGAGAAUCCACACAGGUGAGAAACCCUACGAAUGUAAUGAGUGUGGAAAAGCUUACCGUCAUAGCUCACAUCUUAUCCAUCACCAGAGACUCCACAAUGGUGAAAAACCUUAUAAAUGUAAUGAAUGUGUGAAAGCCUUUACUCAGAGCUCUCAACUUAUUGAUCAUCAAAGAAUCCAUACUGGUGAGAAACCCUAUGAGUGUAACAUGUGUGGUGAAGCCUUUAGUCGGAGUAAAAGCCUUAUUCGACAUCAGAUACUUCACACUGGGGAGAAACCUUAUAAGUGUAAUGAAUGUGCGAAAGCCUUCUGUUCUAAUAGGAACCUUAUUGAUCAUCAGAGAACUCACACUGGUGAGAAACCUUAUCAAUGUAAUGAGUGUGGCAAGGCCUUUAGCAGGAGCAAAUGCCUUAUUAGACAUCAGAGCCUCCAUACUGGGGAAAAACCUUACAAAUGUAGUGAGUGUGGGAAGACCUUCAGUCAAGGUUCUCAACUUAUUGACCAUGAGAGAAUUCACACUGGAGAGAAACCUUUUGCAUGUAGUGAGUGUGGCAAGGCAUUUAGCCUGAGCAAGAGCCUUAUUCGACAUCAGCGACUCCAUACUGGAGAGAGACCUUACAAAUGCAAUGAUUGUGGAAAAUCCUUCAAUCAGAAUUCACACCUUAUUAUACAUCAGAGAAUUCAUACUGGGGAGAAACCUUAUGAAUGUAACGAAUGUGGGAAGGUCUUCAGUUAUAGCUCAAGUCUUUUGGUACAUAAGAGAACCCACACUGGGGAGAAGCCUUAUGAAUGUCAUGAAUGCGGAAAAGCUUUUAGUGACAGCUCACAGCUCAUUGUACAUCAGAGAAUCCAUACUGGGGAGAAACCUUAUGAAUGUAAGGAAUGUGGGAAAGCCUUCAGUCAGCGUUCAACUUUUAACCAUCAUCAGAGAAUUCACUCUGGAGAGAAACACUCAUCUUUGGUCCACUCAGUCUUUUAGAUUGUGGUGCUCAUAAUGGAGAAUAAUGGAAGAUUUCAGUUUUAUAAGAAAAAACCUCACCCUUGUUUUCAGAUGAAAAAUCUAAUCCUAACUGAUCCAAUAUCUCAAAAAUGUUUGCUUUUGUUUCACUGCUAGAUCAGUUGUGAGAAUGUGGAUGGCUUGGUCACACUAGUUGAAAAUGGACAACACAUUAACUUUAUCACUCCUGGGUUGCUUUGUAAAUAUCUCAAAUACAUCCUUUUUUUUCCUGUUUUAUCCCCCCAAAGCACAGUUUAAGCUCUGCAAGGCAAAUGUCCCUUUAUUCAGACAGCUUUCCUUUAGUGCCUUCAUGAACCACUUUUGUGAUUUACAUUGCCAUGUCUCUUAGCUACAUGUCUGUUUCUAUUUCUCCACUAUUCUAGGCCAAACAUUUAGUAUAUUUAAUUAAACUCUAUUAGAAUGGGUGAUCCCUGAAGGUAGGCCUAUCUUUUGUAUCAGAUAGGGAGCUACCCUAGAGUUGGGGUGGUAUCUCCUUUCUUUCCUUCCCUGAAAUACUUACCCUUUUCAUCUUUCCAUUCCCUGUUCUUCAGGUUUUUUAAAAUGGAGCCCAAAACCUAUAUUCUGCUAGAAAUAUUCUCCAUUUCCUUUCUCACACUAGCAGGUCUUCAGUGUUUUUAAGUCUGUGUUUUAUUUUUGUGUCACUACAUCAAAGAUUUGUGAUUUUGUCUGAUGCCCACAGAUUGCAACUUACCUGAAACUUAAUAGACAUCUUAGAGAAUUUUGUCAUGCUCAGAGAUUAAGUGACUUGCCCAAGAAUGCAGUGUCAAGAGACAGGAUUUGAAUCAGGUUUCCUGACCCUAAGUCCAGCACUGUCCACUAUACCAUGCUUGUCAUGUGACCCAACAAAUGUUGAUAAUUUGCCUUGUAAUCAUUUAUAUUUUUACCCCAGAUGGUAUAUAGGAAAAGUUCUUUGAUGGCAGGAACUACCCCUUUCCUAUCUUACUUAGACAACAAUUGACAAUAAGGGUCCUCAAUAAAUAUUAAUAUAUGAUAGAGCUAAUAGUAUGAUUAUCCAAUGGUGGACUCCACAUAUCUGUUAGACUGGGAGUUUUCUAAGAGUGAAUGAUGUUUCCUCCUUUCUCCCAGGAUGUGUUUAUGUGUAGGGUGGUCAUGGGGGAUAGACUGGCCUUUAUGCUAAAGAACCUUACUUUAUUUUUUAUUGUUAUUAUUAUUAUUUUUAAUUUACUUACCUUAUUUUUUAUAGAGCACUUUGUCUGGAUGUCCUGUGUCAUUGUUCACCUUUAUAACCUCAGGUACUUAAUAAGGAUAGUUUAAUUGACUAGAUAAAACAUGGGCCCUACUUUGAUGAAGCUUAGAGAUUUGUAGAGGGAUAAGAGACAUACACAAAACUAUAAUAACUGAUACUCCAAGAAUAGUACUCUAGAGAAGUGGACAAAAUUGUUUUAGCCAGAGGUGUCAAACUGGCCAGCAGACCUGAGAAACUCCCAAGUGCCUCAGAAUCAAAUUAAAAUAUACUUGGAAAAGGUUUAACAAGAUAAAUAAAAAUACAACAUAAUGGUAAUAAGUGGCUUUCUAAGUCAAUAUGUGGCCUACAGACAGGGAUCCAGUUCUACCCAGGUUUGACACCACUGUUUUAGACAGUUGUAAAGUCAAUUAAAUUUACUUCACACGUAAUUAUGUUUAAAGAUCUUUGACUUAUGAUAACUAAUUUUUUCAUAUAUUUUGUCUCCUGUUUUUGUCAAUGACUCCUGUUAUAAGCGAAGUGGAUGCUGCUCCUUGUUUUACUUUCUUCCCUUUUCAUUAUUCCAUAUUUCUUCACAUAGAUUUAUAGUCCUCAGGGAAAUAGUAUUUUUCUGCUGUUUCCAUGGCAAUAUUUCUGCUCUUGUGCUCUGGGCAUGUCUGUCAACCUGGUUGGAUAUAAAUAACAUAUUUAUGGAGACCAAGUUAAAGCACAGACAGAACCCUUUGUCUUCAUCAUUUCAGUGCAGUUUUUCCCACUCUGCUUAAGACGAACAGUUAUUUUGCAUAUUGAGACUGUUUUUAUAUUGCUAAUGUGGGAAUUUGUUUUGCUUGACUAUACCUUGUUUGUAAUGGGAUUUAUUUUUCUUGCUUUCUGGGUGUAGGGAGAGGGG